UGGUUACGCCCAAACCCGCAGCUGCAACAUUGCGAUCGUGUGACCGAAUGCACGGAGAGAAAUCUAGGGAUCAGUACUGGUGGUUUCCAGUUUUCUUAACAUCUAAUUGGUACGUUUAGCAUUCGAUAAAAAUAUCUAGCUUAUUCUAAAAGUAACUUAAGUAUUCAAACCCUGCCUGUGUCAAAUGACGACCGCGAACCGGGCGAUAUGUAAUAUGGUCAUAGCCACCAUAGUGCUGGUGCCGGCGAUGAUGAGCGAUUCUCCAGUUGACGUGGGCUUCUUCUGGCAUGUGAGUGACCUGCACUACGACAAGGACUACGCCACUAACGGGACUCGAGAUGCCAUGUGCCACUACAGCCCCAACCAGACAGAGCACGAUGAUAUCGGGCCCUAUGGGGAUUCUAGGUGCGAUGCGCCCAAGUUGCUGAUCGAGUCUGCGUUCAGUGCCAUGCGGGAUAUUCAACCUGAACCUGAUUAUAUACUUUGGACGGGGGACAACCUGCCUCACCUCCCGGAUAUUCCCUGGUCGGAAGUGUACUCAGAAACUCGCUGGCUCGGGGAGGUGCUUAGCCGCUCUUUCCCAAACUCCCCUAUCGUGCCCACACUGGGAAAUCACGACUGCUCUCCACCGAACGACAUGCGCCCGGACAAUAUGUCUAAGUUCCUCUCUGAAGCCGACUUCAAGAGCCUCUUGCCCUCAUCUGCCUGGGGAACCUUCGAGAAGGCGGGAUACUACAGUUGGACUGUGAGUGGUACCCUUCGACUUGUGUGCCUCAAUACCGUGCUUUGGUUCACAGGCAACUUGGCUCCGGUUGUCAAUGGCAGCGACGAGCAGCUAGCCUGGCUGCACAUGCAACUGCAGCAAGCGCAAGAGCUGGGUGAAAAGGUAUAUAUUUCUGGCCACGUGGCACCAGGUUUUAACACCCGCGUCUUCGCUUCAGAUGUCGCCGUCACGGAACUUUUCCGUGACGACAUUAACGAAAUGUACCAGGACCUGAUUUCGAACUUCUCUGACACAGUAGCGGGACAAUUUUUCGGCCACCUCCACGGGAACUCUUUCGUGCUCAUUUCGGAUGCCGAUGGGCAGACAGUUAACUCUGCUCAGGUGACAGCGUCGGUCACUCCGUGGACACCGACAGUCCGCGAUCACUGGAGCGUGUCUGUGCCUACUCAGCCGAUGGUGCGCCUGUACAAGUACGACCGUCAUUCGGCACGACUGCUCGACUACACUGUCUACUACAUGGACCUGGACAAGGCAAAUUUGCGCUCACAAAAUCACACCACUUGGGGCGCUCUAUACACGUUGACGACGCAGUACGGCGUGCCUGAUGCCAGCACCGCUUCAAUGGUGGCGAUCGCUGAGCGGUUGAGGAGUGAUUCCUUGUUCUUAGACAUGUAUAUCAAGCUCGGCAAGGCCUUCAAGGACGUUGUCCCCUGUGAUUCUUUCUGCCGCAGGGUACAGUUGUGUGCCACGCUCGCAGCAAGAGCAGUGUAUCACGCGGCGUGUCUUCAGCUUGAUCAGGGCAAUGAGUCUCAAAAACCGCGGAUUUCGAUUUUGGUGGCUGUUCUGAUUGGGGUACUCGGGUUAGUGUUUAUCGGUGUUUCCAUAGUGAUCCUGCUGCGCUAUCAACGAGGGCGCAUGGUGUGGAGCCCCUCAUGAAGUCCCAUUCAGACUUGUAAAUGGCCCAUUCCCACACUUGCGUUUGACUACAACCAACUGACACAAGACCGGUAUUUAAGCCUCUUCUAACGUCUUACGACCAGCUCCGCAGCAGCGCAUUCGAUCAUAAGUUGUUGCAAGAGGCUUAGAAAAUGGUCUUGUCUCAGUCAGUCGUUCUCGAUUGCAAGUGUGUGAACGAACUUAAAGUCUCACUGCAGAAGCAGCUUGCAGGAAAGAAGAACAUCAGCGAACGAGAGCUUUGCAUUUUUUUUGACAUACCUAGAUUGGGCAUAAAGACCCUAGUACGCAAGCGAGGCCAUUUUCCACUGCUCCGCUGUCCUCUGGGUGGAAUCUUAUGUUUGCUAAUGGAGAAGAUUUAUAAGACACCUCGUUACAUGCCUGGCCUCGUUGUUUGCUUCCAGUCCUCCUACAGGGAGAACUGGCGUCAAACGAGCCUCUGACUGCACACCUGCGACACGCAAUUAAUAUAAAUAUACACUGCGCACCGUAGAGAGGGAUCUGCCUUUUUGAAAGACAUAAACACUAUGGGUUUUCAGGUCUUGUUUGUUUUUAUAGGAAAUUGAACUCAUCGGGCUAACAGACGACAUGUACACGUUACUGUAAAAUUAACUCAAAACUGUUACUCGCUACUCGCUGAAGAUUUGAAUAAGUACUUCACUUGUUACUGAGAUUAAAAGAAAAGAAGUGCUAAAGAUUAAAACUAACUGUUACUUUGAGGUUAUUGAAUGUGUCUUUUCUUUUUUUAAAGUUAUAGCCUCUUUCUAAAAUCUUGCGUUUUUAAUAAUUGCGUACGUUUUAACGCCUUCAGGGACACACUGAAUUGCCGCACUACCGAUAUGUUAAGUGCGGUUAUAAGCAUUUGUUAAGUGUGUGUCUAGAAACGUAAACAUGACAGAAAUGCAUUUACUCGAUUAUUCGAUCCUUUGACGCUCUGCCUAGUUGGUGACAUAGUUGCUGACACCGAGAAAGGAAAUGCUCUUCCCGAAACGUCUGUGCAUUAAAGUCUUAUUGUUACUCAAA